AUGCCUGCCGUUGACGUUUCUCCAUCCAUCCCAUCCCCUACCGGCAAAGAGGCCGCCAAAUCCAUCGCUGUCCUCGAAGAGCUCAUCAAGAGCCUUUCAAUCACCAAGACUGCUGAUGAAGCUAAAGCUGCCGCUAACAACAUUGCCACCCUCCUAAACGGCCCUGUCGAAGAGCAGGUUCUCCCAGCCAAGGCUGUUGAACUCCUGAAGAAACAACUCUCCAACAAGAAAGAUGCUGGUGCUCGUGAGCGGGCUCUCGAUGGCAUCCUCGCCAUCGCCUCACACUCCACAGUUUCUCCUGCUGUCGAGCCAUACCUCGUUACUCUGCUUGCCCCAACUUUGGCUGCUGUCGGUGACAAGAUGGUCUCCGUGAAGCAGAUCGCCCAGGCCGCAGCUGUUGCCCUCGUCAAGGCCAUCAACCCCAACUCUGUCAAGGCCGCUCUGCCUUCCAUCAUCAACUCCAUCUUGUCAGCUCAAAAAUGGCAGGAGAAGAUGACUGGUCUUCAGUGUGUUGAGGCCCUCGUCGAAACUGCCCCAGCACAGCUUGCUUUCCGCGUCCCAGAUCUCAUUCCCGUUGUCUCGGAAUCCAUGUGGGAUACCAAGCCCGAGGUCAAGAAAUACGCUUACAGCAUCAUGGAGAAGGUCUGCGGCUUGAUCGUCAACAAGGAUAUCGAACGCUUCAUCCCUGAACUGAUCAAAUGUAUCUCCAAACCCGAGAACGUCCCCGAGACUGUUCACUUGCUCGGUGCUACCACCUUCGUCACUGAUGUCCACGAACCCACCCUGGCUAUUAUGGUUCCUCUGCUCGACCGUGGACUUGCGGAGCGCGAAACUGCCAUCAAGCGAAAGUCAGCAGUUAUCGUCGACAACAUGUGCAAGCUCGUCGAGGAUCCUCAGAUCGUUGCUGCUUUCUUGCCCAAGCUCAUGCCUGCGCUUGAGAAGAACUACGAAACUUUGGCAGAUCCUGAGGCACGUGAGAAGACCAAACAAGGUCUCGAUACUCUCAUCCGCGUCGGUGAUGUGAAAGAUGGCAAGAUCCCUGAGGUCUCCAAGGCUAGUGAUCUCGAAACAGUCUCUGCUAUCCUCAAGGAGAUCCUCGAGCCAAAGCACAAAGCCCAGAUCGUCAAUUCCGAAGCUGUCAUCCAAUACGUUGCCGCCAUUGCUGGUCAACUCGUCGACGAGAAGGUUGUUGACCUCCCAUCCUGGACUGAGAACACCCUCCCCUACAUCACUGCUAUUGUAGGCGAGGCCGAUGCCAGACCCAUCGCCGAAUCUCUCCGCAAGCGUGCCUCUCCCGGUGCUGCAGAGGAGUCUGAGGUUGAGCCAGAUGAAGAGGAAGGAGAGGAUCUUUGCAACUGUACCUUCAACUUGGCCUACGGUGCUAAGAUCCUUCUCAACCAGACUCACCUGCGCCUCAAGCGUGGUCAACGAUACGGUCUCCUCGGCCCCAACGUUCUGGUCGAGGGCUUCCCCAAGAAGGAUGAGGUCAAGACUGUCUUCGUCGAGCAUGACCUUGACGCUGCUGAUACAGAGCAGACCGUCAUUGGCUGGACCCAGAAGAAAUUGGCCGAUGUUGGUGUGAAGAUUUCCCAGGAGGCUAUCGAGGAGCGUCUGAUUGAGUUCGGUUUUCUCAAGGAGCAGUUCGAGAGUCCGAUAACCUCUCUCUCUGGUGGCUGGAAAAUGAAACUUGCUCUUGCCCGUGCCGUCUUCGAAGAGCCAGAUAUUCUCUUGCUCGACGAACCAACCAACCAUCUCGACGUCAAAAACGUUGCCUGGCUCGAGCAGUACCUCAUCAACUCUCCUUGCACGUCCAUCAUCGUGUCCCACGACAGCAAGUUCUUGAAUAACGUCAUUCAGCAUGUCAUCCACUAUGAGCGUUUCAAACUCCGCAGAUAUCGCGGUAACCUGUCCGAGUUCGCCAAGCGCUGUCCCUCUGCUCGCUCUUACUUCGAUCUCGAGGCGUCAGAGAUGGAAUUCAAGUUCCCAGAGCCCGGUUUCCUCGAAGGUGUCAAGACCAAGGCCAAAGCCAUUGUCCGUGUCAGCAACAUGAGCUUCCAAUACCCUGGAACCUCAAGACCCCAGAUCGCAGACAUCAGCUUCCAAUGCUCGCUCGGCUCCCGUAUCGCUGUUAUUGGUCCCAACGGUGCCGGAAAGUCCACUCUCGUCAACGUCCUGACUGGUGAACUCAUCCCCACUUCCGGUGAGGUCUACCAGCACGAGAAUAUCCGCAUUGCCUACAUCAAACAGCAUGCGUUUGCUCACAUCGAUAACCACCUGGACAAAACUCCAUCCGAGUACAUCCAAUGGCGUUUCCAGACCGGCGAAGACCGUGAGACCAUGGACCGCGCCAACAAGAUCGUCACUGACGAAGAUGAAAAGGCCAUGGACAAGAUUUACAACAUCGAUGGCAGCAAACGUCGCGUAAUCGGCGUCCACUCCCGCCGCAAAUUCAAGAACUCAUACGAGUACGAAUGUUCUUUCGUCCUCGGUGAGAACGUUGGUAUGAAGAACGAGAAGUGGAUUCCGAUGAUGACAUCUGACAACGCAUGGAUCCCACGGAAUGAGAUCCUCGCCUCCCACGCCAAGCUUGUCGCUGAAGUUGAUCAAAAGGAGGCUCUCGCCAGCGGUCAAUUCCGCCCUCUGGUUCGCAAGGAGAUCGAACAGCACUGCUCCUACUUUGGCCUUGAUGCCGAGCUGGUCUCCCACUCGCGCAUGCGUGGUCUCUCCGGUGGUCAGCGUGUUAAAGUCGUGCUCGCCGCUUGCUCUUGGCAACGGCCUCACUUGAUCGUACUUGACGAGCCGACCAACUAUCUCGAUCGCGAUUCUCUGGGUGCUCUGUCCAAGGCACUUAAGUCUUUCGAGGGUGGUGUGAUUAUCAUCACACACUCCAGCGAAUUUACCGAAGGCCUUACACAGGAAGUUUGGUCCAUGCGACCCAACGAACAAGGAAUCGGCAUCAUGACGCCAUCUGGACACAACUGGGUUCAGGGACAAGGCACGGGACCUCGUUUGACGGAGAAGGAUGACACUGAGGAUAAGUUCGAUGCAAUGGGUAACAAAAUCGAAUCCUCGAAGAAAACCAAGAAGCUCACUUCAUCCGAACUCCGGAAGAAACGUAAGGACCGCAUGGCUCGACGGAAGAAGGGUGAGGAGGUCUUUUCGGAUGAAGAGGAUAUGUAA